AUGAAGUUUUCCAGAUCUACCUCUACUCAUUUAACCAACUUAUCAUUUAGAUCCAAUCCUCUGACCACUAUCCAAACUCCUCAAAGCAAUUCCCGUCUGACUGAAGUCAAUUCCAAGAUCGACGAUCUAUUAAAAAAAUCUUAAACUACUUUCACUAAGCCAGAAAUCAAGCAUCAACAACAAGAUAAGAAAUUAACUUAAACCCAUAGUUAUGCACUAAUACUCGAAUAAAUUUAAAGAGAAAAAAAACAACUCUUAACUAUAUUAUUAUAGAAAGAUGGCAUCAUUAGAGAAUAGCAAAAUAAAAUUACACAAUUGGAUUUGUAAAACAAAAGUCUAAUGAAACAGCUUACAUAAUUUAACAACCUCUAACCUCAAAUGGAAAAGUUGGAGGAGCAAUGUUAACUUAUAAUUAAAGAUAAUGAAUAACUGAAAUAUGAAAAGAAUCAAAUCCAAACUUCACUUAAUUAUCUUAAAUGCUAGAAUUUAUAAAUUAUUAGUAAUGAAAUCAGAAAUUCACUACAAUAAUUGCAUCAAUAAAUAAAGAAACACUACCUGACCAAUUACAAAGAUGACUACUAUAAUUUAUAGCUAAGCAGAAUGUCACUGAAAAUUAAUGAUUUGGACUUCUAUACCAUCUUGAGAGAUUGUUUGGACAGCAUACUAUAUAUGAUUAAAAACACCGACAAUUCUAUAGAAAAUUUAAUAAUAAAAAAUGUUAAACCCUGA